UUCGGCGCUGGCCAUGCAACGUCUUCUGAUUCUCCUUCUGCUGAUUGGCGCUGCAAGGAAGCAUUAUGCCCUUCAGUACAACGAGACCAUUGACUUGCAGAAGUUGGCCAAAAUAGCGCUGCCUGUGGCUCAUCAAACCCGCGUCAUUGGCGGCCGAGUGACCACCAACGAGAAACUGGGCGGCUACCUAAUGGCAAUUCGGUACCACAAUAACUUCAUCUGUGGCGGCACUCUAAUCCACGAACUAAUUGUUCUGACGGCGGCGCACUGUUUUGAAGGCCGAGGACUAACUGAGGCCUGGAGUGUGGAUGGCGGCAUCUCCAGACUUAGCGACGAUGGCACUCGCCGUCAAGUUAGGCGCAUCAUCAAGUCGGCCCAGUUUAAAAUGGCCACCAUGAACAUGGACGUGGCUGUGAUGCUGCUGAAACGGCCCAUGGUGGGUAGAAAUAUCAAAACUCUAUCCUUGUGCACUACGCCCUUGACGCCUGGAAAGAUCCUGGUCGUUUCCGGCUGGGGCAUGACCCAUCCGGACAGCGAUGGUCCCAACCACAUGCUGCGAACGGUAUUAGUGCCUGUGAUUGAGAAGAGAGGUUGCCGCGACGUCUAUCGGGACACAGUUGCCAUAUCGGAUAGCAUGUUUUGCGCUUCAGUUUUGGGAAAAAAGGACGCUUGCACCUACGAUUCGGGAGGUCCUUUGGUUUACAAGAAGCAAGUCUGCGGCAUUGUGUCUUUUGGGAUCGGAUGUGCCAGCAGGCGCUAUCCCGGCGUCUAUACAGAUGUUCACUACGUAAAGCCUUUCAUUGAGAAAAGCGUUAAAUUUUUGCUGGCCCUUUAAAGCAGAGCGCCAAAAUAAACCUUAAACACUAAGGUACCGCAGUA